AAACCGCAUCGAGCGAGGAGCGAGCGAGCGAUCAGGACGGUUGAUCCCGGCAGAGCCGGGUUUCGCGUGGAAGCCGACGAGAUGCUGGAAGCGGCCGGGCUGGACCCGGAGCUGGACCCGGAGGACCUGGUGCACUUCUCGGUGGGCGACCUGCCCAGCCGCGGCUACGGGGUGAUGGGCGAGAUCAGGAGGCAGGGGAAGCUGUGCGACGUGACCCUCAAGGUGGGAGACCACAAAUUCAGCGCUCAUCGCAUCGUCCUGGCAGCCUCCAUUCCUUACUUCCACGCCAUGUUCACCAAUGAUAUGAUGGAAUGCAAGCAGGAGGAAAUCGCCAUGCAGGGCUUGGAUCCGAGCGCACUGGAAGCUCUGAUCAAUUUUGCCUACAAUGGUCAUUUGGCCAUAGACCAGCAAAAUGUCCAGUCCCUCUUGAUGGGAGCCAGUUUCCUGCAGCUGCAGAACAUCAAGGAUGCCUGUUGCUCCUUCCUCAAAGAGAGGCUCCACCCCAAGAACUGCUUGGGCGUGCGCCAGUUUGCGGAGACCAUGAUGUGCGCCCUCCUGUACGAUGCAGCCAACCGCUUCGUCCACCAGCAUUUCGUGGAGGUCUCCAUGUCGGAGGAAUUCUUGGCUCUGCCUUACGAAGAUGUCCUGGAGCUGAUUUCUAGGGAUGAACUCCACGUGAAGAUGGAGGAGCAGGUCUACGAAGCUGCUCUGUCCUGGAUCAGGUACGACCGGGAACAGCGGGAGGCCUUCCUGCCGGAGCUCCUGUCCAGAAUCCGGCUGCCCCUCUGCCGGCCACAGUUCCUGUCUGACCGCGUGCAGCAGGAUGACCUCGUCCGCAACUGCUACAAGUGCAGGGACCUUGUGGAUGAAGCCAAAGACUACCACCUCAUGCCGGAGCGCCAGCGACCUCUCCUCGAUUUCAAGACCCGGCCCCGUUGCUGCACCUCCAUCCCCGGUUUGAUCUACGCGGUGGGAGGACUCAAUUCAGCAGCAAAUUUCUACGCAGGAGACUCGCUGAACGUGGUGGAAGUCUUUGACCCCGUAGCCAACCACUGGGAGAAGUGCCAGCCAAUGACCACGCCCCGCAGCCGGGUGGGCGUGGCCGUGGUGAAUGGACUCUUGUACGCCAUUGGGGGAUACGACGGGCAGUGGCGGCUGAGCACCGUGGAGAUCUACGACCCCGAGACCGAUUCGUGGUCCAGAGGGGGCAGCAUGAACAGCAAACGGAGUGCGAUGGGAACUGUAGUUCUAGACGGACAGAUCUAUGUUUGCGGGGGCUACGACGGCACCUCCUCCCUGAAUUCGGUGGAGGCCUAUUCGCCCGAGACAGACAAGUGGACGGUGGUGACCCCUAUGAGCUCCAACCGCAGUGCGGCCGGCGUCACCGUCUUUGAAGGCCGCAUCUUCGUCUCCGGCGGACACGAUGGCUUGCAAAUCUUCAAUAGCGUGGAAUACUACAAUCCCCACACCGCCUCGUGGCACAGCGUGGCCAGCAUGUCGAACAAGCGUUGUCGGCACGGGGCGGCCUCCCUGGGCAGCAAGCUCUUCGCCUGCGGGGGCUACGAUGGCUCGGCCUUCCUCAGUGCCGCCGAGGUCUACAAUUCAGCCUCCGAUCAGUGGUACCUGCUGGUGCCCAUGAACACCCGUCGCAGCCGUGUCUCCUUGAUCACCACCUGCGGCCGCUUGUACGCCGUGGGCGGCUACGACGGACAGUCCAACCUCAGCUCGGUAGAAAUGUACGACCCGGAGAGCAACCGCUGGACGUUCGUGGCCCCUAUGGUGUGCCACGAGGGAGGGGUGGGGCUGGGCUGCGUCCCACUGAUUGCCAUUUGA